AUAAUCCAGUUAUUAUGGGACAAGCUGUAGGCCCUUAAGCAACUCUGUUCAGUUCCUUGGCUUUUUUCUGCUGUCUCUUUCUGAUUUCCAGUAUUUUUGAAUACUUGGAAAUCUAGUGAAUGUCAUAUGGACUGUGAGAUUUUGCACUUCAUGAAUUGGAAUUGGUCCCUCCACACCUCAUAGUCCUAAGAAAGUUUUUUUUUUUUUGUUUUUUUGUUUUGCCAGCAGAACUCUGCAGUUAAAUCAGAAGGCUGAAGGCAGCAUAAAAGAGAAAGGAACUGAGAGAAAAAGGACCCCCUCCAAAACAAAGAUUUCUAUGCCAGUUCAACCCAAGUCGUUAAUAACCUACUAUUGACAUUUAGCACUAUAUCUUAGCACUGCUAUGACGGAGAACUCUGUUGAAGGUCGUACAUCCUCUACCAUAACAACUGUUUUAGAAGGCAAGAAUGGCUCCAUCCACAAACCAUCUGCACAAGUAAAGUCUGUCUCACAUGAUUUCAAAACUACUUUCAAGUCUCCAGUAGCAUGGCUUCUAGUUGGAGCACUUAUAGUUACUUGGUCAGCCGUGAUCAUUGUUGUAUUCGAUUUGGUGGAUUACAGAUCAUUAGGAGACACUAUUACACAGUACUGUGACGAUCCCUGUUUACCACCUGGACCUCAUCAGCCUGCUGAUGGCAAGGUUUUGAUGGAAGCUGAGAGCUUUCUAGGAAGUUCACUUAACAAGUUCCGGAGUAAUCCCGUCGGAAUAAUACAUGAAGCAGUGGAUGAAACAACUGAUUGGAUUUAUGGAAUAUAUAUUACUAUAUCUGACUUGAUAUCCCUUGAUGAAGAACGUAAAGGGCAUGCUGAGCCUCCUGUAAAGAAAAUAGGUGGAAUACAACCAGCUCUACACAGAAAAGUAAUUCAUAAAGAGAAACCUGAAGUAAAAGAGAACAUUUUGAAAAAGGCCUCAGCUAAAGCAAUACCAAAACUCAAGGCUGAAGAGGAAGAUGAGCCAGUUAAGAAAACCAGAGCAAAAGAAAAGGCUGAAACAAAAGAAAAAGUAGAGAAGAAAAUUCUACCUAAAGCCUCACUAAAAGCAGAGAAGAAGGAGAAACCUGAAAAAAUUACCUUGACAAAAUCUGAGAAGAAAGAAAAAUCUGCAAUAAAACCAGAGAAAAAAGACAAGACGGAAAAGGAAGCCUCAGUCAAAACUGAAAAGAAAGUAAAAGCUGCAAAAUUAGACAAAGUCAAAAUUGACAAGAAAGAAAAAGCUGAAAAACUUGUCACACCCAAGUCUGAGAAGAAGGAAAAAACUGAAAAAGUAACCCCAUCCAAACUUGAGAAAAAAGUAAAAGCUGAACAGAUAGCUCCCACAAAACUAGAGAAAAAGGAAAAAACUGAAAAGGUAGCAACCACAAAAUCAGAAAAGAAAGAAAAAGCUGAAAAGUUAACCCCAGUCAAAGUAGAGAAGACAUUAAAACUUGAAAAGGUAGCACCAGUUAAAGCUGAGAAAAAGGAAAAAGCUGAAAAAGUAGUCCCUGUUAAAGUUCAGAAAAAGGAAAAAGCUGAAAAGGUAGUCCCUGUUAAAGAUGAGAAAAAGGAAAAAGCUGAAAAAAAGCAGAAAGCUGAAAAGGUAGUCCCUGUUAAAGAUGAGAAAAAGGACAAAGCUGAAAAAAAGCAGAAAGCUGAAAAGGUAGUUCCAGUUAAAGCAGAGAAGAAAGGCAAAGCUGAAAAAGUAGCCCCUGUCAAACCCCAGAAGGAGAAAGCUGAAAAAGUAACCUCGGUCAAAGCUGAAAAGAAGGAAAAAGCUGAAAAAAUUGCCCCAGUAAAAGCCGAGAAGAAGGAAAAAGUUGAAAAGAUAGCCACAAGUAAAGCCGAGAAGAAGGUUGAAAAGUUAGCCCCAGUCAAACCUGAGAAAAAGGAAAAGGCUAAAAAAGUAGCCCCAGUCAAAUCUGAGAAGAAGGAAAAGACUGAAAAGUUAACCCAAGACACAACCGAGAAGGUAAAAGCUGAAAAGGUUGCUCCAACCAAAUUGGAGAAGAAACAAAAAGCUGAAACCAGGGCCCCAGUCAAAACUGAGAAGAAGGACAAAGCAGAAAAGGAAAUCAUACCACAAGAAGACAAAAAAGUCAAGGUUUCUCAGGUGGAAGAAAAGACUAAGGAUGUCAAAGCUAAAACAUCAGAGAGAAAAGUAGCAAAAGACUCAAAGAAAGACGCUAAAGAGGAAGAAGAAAUCAAGACAAAGCCACAUACUAAAGUGGAAACACUGGAUGCAGCAGAAACAAUGGGGGAAAUAAAAGAUCAGUAUAAUUUCUGCCGUUAUGUGGUUGACCUGUAUUCUCAUGGAGAUGCUUCUACAGAAGAAAAAUCAAAGGAAAAACCACAAGAGAAGAAAGAAGUUCUCCCACAAGAAAAACCAGGAGAAUUGAAAAUAUCAUUACCAGAAAAGAAAGAUAUUCCUGAAACAAAGGAAACAGUCUUAGAGGAGGUGACAAUUCAUGAAGCUGAAGACGAAUGCCCAAAGGAAGAUUAUGAACAAGUUACACCUCAAGCUACUGAAAAAGAACCCCCAAAAGUCAUGCAAGAUCAUUUAACAGCUCAUAAAGAUACAGAAGAAAGUCCAAAAAAAGAGCAAGAACCCAUGACACCUCAGAUAGUAAAAGAUGGACCACCAAAACCAGUUGAAGCUGAAGUAAAAACAGAAGAGAAGAAAGAAGGAAGAAGCCAACAGCCUGCAUUUACCGGUGUAUCUACAGAUUUUGGCAUCAUGCCUCGAUUGAUCAUAAUCAUGUCAGAUUCACAUGGUAGGUUUGCUUCAAGACCAGAUGUCUCUGUAGAUUGGACCAAAAGAGAAAUGUUACUUAAAAAAGAGGAAAAAGAAGCUGAACCAAUAACACAAGAAAAGAUGGACUAUAUAAAAGAAGCCCCAACUACAUAUAUAAUAGCAGAGGCUCCUGUGCAGAUUAAUGUCACAAAACCACCAGAUGCAAAGAAAGAAAUACAAAUGGAAAUGCCUGUACGAAAACUUGAAGAAGGACCAAAAGAAAUAAAAACAGAAAUACCAGUGGAGAUACCUGAAGAAAAAACAAAAGAUGUAAAAGAAGUUGUAGUAAUACCAGUGGAAAUGCCAGUGAAGAAAAUUAAACCGGAAGAAGAGAUACCAGUGGAAAUGCCAGUGAAAAAACUUAAAGAACCAGAAGAAAUACCAGUGGAAAUACCAGUAGAGAAACCCAAAGAAGUAUCAAAAGCAAAAGAACAAGAGGUGCCACUAAAGAAGCCCGAACCAAAACCUGCAGAAGUUAAGAAAGAGGUGCCCAUUCAGAAGACUGAACAAGAAGUGAAGGAAGUUAAGAAAGAGGUGCCAUUAAAGAAGCCCGAACCAAAACCUGCAGAAGUUAAGAAAGAGGUGCCCUUAAAGAAGCCCGAACCAAAACCUGCAGAAGUUAAAAAAGAGGAACCAGUUAAGAAGGCUGAACCAGAAGUAAAGGACAUUAAGAAAGAGGUGCCAUUAAAGAAGCCCGAACCAAAACCUGCAGAAGUUAAGAAAGAGGUGCCUGUAAAGAAACCUGAAGCAAAACCUGCAGAAGUAAAGAAAGAGGUGCCCAUUAAGAAGACUGAACCAGAAGUGAAGGAAGUUAAGAAAGAGGUGCCAUUAAAGAAGCCCGAACCAAAACCUGCAGAAGUUAAGAAAGAGGUGCCCUUAAAGAAGCCCGAACCAAAACCUGCAGAAGUUAAAAAAGAGGAACCAGUUAAGAAGGCUGAACCAGAAGUAAAGGACAUUAAGAAAGAGGUGCCAUUAAAGAAGCCCGAACCAAAACCUGCAGAAGUUAAGAAAGAGGUGCCUGUAAAGAAACCUGAAGCAAAACCUGCAGAAGUAAAGAAAGAGGUGCCCAUUAAGAAGACUGAACCAGAAGUGAAGGAAGUUAAGAAAGAGGUGCCAUUAAAGAAGCCCGAACCAAAACCUGCAGAAGUUAAGAAAGAGGUGCCCUUAAAGAAGCCCGAACCAAAACCUGCAGAAGUUAAAAAAGAGGAACCAGUUAAGAAGGCUGAACCAGAAGUAAAGGACAUUAAGAAAGAGGUGCCAUUAAAGAAGCCCGAACCAAAACCUGCAGAAGUUAAGAAAGAGGUGCCUGUAAAGAAACCUGAAGCAAAACCUGCAGAAGUAAAGAAAGAGGUGCCCAUUAAGAAGACUGAACCAGAAGUGAAGGAAGUUAAGAAAGAGGUGCCAUUAAAGAAGCCCGAACCAAAACCUGCAGAAGUUAAGAAAGAGGUGCCCUUAAAGAAGCCCGAACCAAAACCUGCAGAAGUUAAAAAAGAGGAACCAGUUAAGAAGGCUGAACCAGAAGUAAAGGACAUUAAGAAAGAGGUGCCAUUAAAGAAGCCCGAACCAAAACCUGCAGAAGUUAAGAAAGAGGUGCCCAUUAAGAAGACUGAACCAGAAGUGAAGGAAGUUAAGAAAGAGGUGCCAUUAAAGAAGCCCGAACCAAAACCUGCAGAAGUUAAGAAAGAGGUGCCCUUAAAGAAGCCCGAACCAAAACCUGCAGAAGUUAAAAAAGAGGAACCAGUUAAGAAGGCUGAACCAGAAGUAAAGGACAUUAAGAAAGAGGUGCCAUUAAAGAAGUCCGAGCCAAAACCUGCAGAAGUUAAGAAAGAUGAACUGAAGACACCAAAAGCCAUUUAUGAAGAAAAAACAACCAAAUCGAAUGAUACAGCAAAUAUGCUGUCAUGAAGAAUCUAUGAGAAAGGAAAUUAUGAGAAAGGAAGAUUUUAAAUAGAUUUUUAGAAUUUGUUUAUUUCAUUAGCUCAAUGGUUUGUUCUAACAAGCAUUACAUACAUUGUUUGUAUGUAAAUGGGUGUGCCCAUCAGUACCUGAAAAUGAGAGAGAUGUUAAUAGUAUAUGUUUAAACACAAUGGCAAAAAUCA